AUGGCUACGUCUACAUACAAACUUUUUUACUUAAAUAUUCGUGCUCGAGCUGAAGUUUCACGUUUAAUAUUUGCAGCUGCUGGUCAAAAAUUUGAAGAUGUUCGUAUUGAACGCAACGAUUGGCUAUCCAAUAAAAAUAAAAUGCCUCUAGGGCAAGUACCUGUUCUGGAAUAUAAUGGAACGAAAUUACCACAAUCAAUAUCAAUUGCACGUUUUCUCGCUAAACAAUUUCAAUUAGCUGGUAGAGACAAUUUCGACCAAGCAAAAGUCGAUGCUGUGAUUGAUACAAUGAAUGACGCAAUGUUAAAAUUUAUGCCACUUCGUCGAGAAUCAAAUGAAACGAAACGAAAAGAAAUCCUAGAACCAUUCUUUACUACUCAACUGCCUAGACAUCUACAAAAUCUUGAAAUUCUGGGUAAAUUAUAUGGUGAUGGUGGUCAAUUUUUUGUCAGUAAGAAUUUAACGUGGGCAGAUUUGUAUUUUUAUGAUAUGAUGGAGACUAUGCUGUAUUCAAAUGAAACUUGCUUAAAUAAUUUUUCUUGGUUAAAACAAAAUCGUACUGAAGUCGAAAAGCAACCAAGAAUUGCAGAAUAUCUUAGACAACGACCAAAAUCAACAUUUUAA